CGUGCGAGUUUUGAUCGAACUGGACCUGGUCGUUUCGUUCCAGUCACAGGCCGGAGCCAUAUUGGUUUCUUUCAAGUUCUCUAAGUGUUACGGCAGGCUCUGAAUUAUAAUUUGCAAAAUGGCACGUCGAAUUGCUGGGCCUACGAUAAACUGGGCAGCGAUGGCCGAAAGAGUUCCGGAGCCGCAAAAGCCAUCUUUCCUAGCUUUCAAGACCAAGUCCGACCAGUAUCUUCGUCGUAUGCAAGCCAAUCCUGAAAGCUUACCAAAAUUUGAUUGGGCCUAUUACAAAAAAAACGUUGCUGCGGCUGGAUUGGUGGACAAAUUUCAAAAGGAAUUUGAAAGCUUGAAAAUUCCUUACCCUGAAGAUAAAUACACCUCAGCGGUGGAGGCACAAGAAAAGGAAGUGGCAGUUGAGAUAAAGAAAUUUAUCGAAGAAUCAAACCAGCGCAUCCAAAACUAUGAAGCCGAAUUAACAAAGAUUAGAAGCGUUAUUCCUUUCGAAGAGAUGACCUUGGAAGACUUUGCCGAUGCUUAUCCCGAGGAUGCUUUGAGACCAUUGGACAAACCAACCUUCUGGCCACAUGACGAAGAUUCUGAGUUCACCGAAGAAGAACUCAAAAAACUUGCUGAAAAAUGAAGCAACUGCAAGAUUUGGUUUCAGUAUAGUCCAAAAUUAAACUGCAGGUAUUAUACUGCACGCUGAGAAAUUGUAACACUCCACAUGAUCGAUUACCAUUGAUAAUAUAUAACAAAUAUAGAGAACCAUGUGCACUCUAGAAACGUGUAAAUUUUUCAGUGUUAAUAAUGUAAUGAAUCAUUGUUCAAAUAUUAACGAAGAAAUAAAUUAAUAGAAUAUUA